GGUAUGAGAUUUCAGGUGGAGACAGACCAUAAACCCCUGGUUUCUUUACUUAGUUCAAGCAAGAGGCUGGAUGAGCUACCAAUACGUAUUCAGAGAUUCAGGCUUCGACUGAUGCGAUACAACUUCUCAAUAAGUCAUAUCUCAGGAAAGAAAUUUUUUACACCUGACACGUUGUCCAGAAGUCCAGUACAGAUAACUACGGAAUCAGCUCAUGAGUUGGAAACAGCAACUGAAGCCUAUGUCGAACUGAUCAUCAACCAUCUUCCUGUGACGGAAAAACGACUGAAAGACAUACGGGACAGACAGACUGCAGACAACACAUGCAAUCAAUUGAAACGAUUUUGCAUACAGGGAUGGCCAGCUAAACACUUGCUGAAGGGGCCAAUCAAGAAGUAUUAUCCUGUAUUUACAGAAUUGUCAGUCCUAGAUGGAUUACUUCUAAGAGGCAAUCGGAUAAUUAUUCCAGAAUUAUUACGAGAUGAGGUUAUAAAGAGACUCCACACAGGCCACAUGGGUAUCACAAAGACUUUGUAUCGUGCAAAAGCAGCAGUGUGGUGGCCAGGAAUGAGCUCUCAAUUGAAAGAGACAGUGGAGAACUGCACUGUUUGCAGCAGAGAGCGCAGCAAUAGAGCUGAACCUCUCAUUCCUACACCUUUGCCAAGUCGUCCCUGGCAAUGUGUCGGAACUGAUCUUUUCGAAUGGAAGGGAAAUCGUAUCGUCUCGUUCUAGACUAUUUGUCAAGGUAUCCAGAAAUAGCGAGACUAUCAGAUGCGACAUCAAAAGUUGUGAUUGAACACAUGAAAUGGUUUUUUCCCCGACAUGGAAUUCCCGAAGAAGUUCGAUCAGACAAUGGGCCUCAGUAUUCUUCUGCCGCAUUUGCAAAAUUCGCAAGCGAAUACGAAUUUUCGCAUAUUACUAGCAGUCCGCUACACCCUCAGAGUGAUGGCGAGGCUGAGCGGAUGGUCAGAACUGUGAAGAGUCUUCUCAAGAAAGCAACAGAUCCAUAUUUAGCGUUAUUGGCAUAUCGAGCUACACCACUAGCGAACGGAUUUUCACCAUCCGAAUUACUUAUGGGAAGACAGAUUCGAUCUGUUGUGCCGAAAUUACCUCACGUUUUACACCCAAGAGUUCUUCCUUGGAAGGAGAUUCAAACGAAAGAAGCAAUUGGUAAAGAAGACCAAAAAAGAAGAUUCGACAAGCGACAUGCAACUAAAGUGCUGAAACCUUUAUCUGAGGGCACUACUGUUUGGGUGAGAGACCGGCAAGAACCGGGGAAAGUCUUACUGAUGAGUCAACACCAAGGUCAUAUCGGGUGCAAACUCAGUCAACAACUGUUCGAAGAAACAGGCGACAUCUAGUGAACAUUUCACCAUUACAACAGGAGGAGAUUCCAGAGAAGACACCCCAACCUCACUUCAAAUCAGCACAUCAUCAAACGGAUACAUCUACAUUUACUACUCAAGAAAGCCGAGUCCGACAGAAUUCACCAACACUCAGGACAAGGAGUGGAAGACGAGUAGUGACUCCUAAAUGUUUAGACUUAUAGAAAGUAAAAGUAGAGUUGCAUGCUUUGAGAAGGGAGAUGUUGGUAAGGCAGUUUAAUGACUUGAGAAAGGGGGAUGUAAUAGAGGUUACUAGAUUGUGUUGGCCACUCCUAUGGGAGGGACCAUAACCGUAUAUAGUUAAGAGUAUGGGCUAGCCUGGGGGGCUUUGUCAGGUGAAUACAGUUGAGCAAGG